AGCAUCGUUUUCCUUUUGCAUGUCACAAUUGUCAUUAAUCUCUGUUUGUACUUGACUUCAAUCCCAUUAAUUAUACCACACUUCUGCAAAACCAUGGUAACGUCACCAUCCAUUCCCGCCGCCACCAAGGGUCGUGUUCUCAUAAUCGGAGCAACGGGUUUCAUAGGCAAGUUUGUGGCUGAGGCAAGCCUCCGCACCGCACACCCCACCUACUUGCUUCUCAGGCCACCACCUCUUGUCCCUUCCAAGGAAGCCAUUGUUAAAACCUUCCAAGAAAAAGGUGCCAUUGUCAUUCACGGUGUGAUAAAUGACAAGGACUUUGUGGAAAAGAUUUUGAAAGAGUAUGAAAUAGACAUUGUCAUUUCUGCCAUCGGUGCCAAGAGCUUGCUGGAUCAGCUUGUACUGGUGGAGGCCAUGAAAUCUGUUAAGACUAUUAAGAGGUUUUUGGCUUCAGAGUUUGGGCAUGAUGUUGACAGAGCGGACCCUGUGGAGCCAGGUCUAACAAUGUACAAGGAGAAGCGAUUGGUUAGGCGCAUGGUUGAGCAAUCUGGGGUGCCAUACACCAAUGUUUGUUGCAAUUCCAUUGCUUCUUGGCCUUACUAUGACAAUUGCCACCCAUCUCAGCUUCCUCCACCCUUGGAUCAGUUGCAAAUAUAUGGUCAUGGUAAUGUCAAAGCUUUCUUUGUUGAUGGCAUCGAUAUUGGGAAGUUCACCAUGAAGGUUAUUGAUGAUGUGAGAACAGUGAACAAAAAUGUUCAUUUUCGACCAUCUAGCAACUGCUAUAGCAUCAAUGAACUUGCUUCUUUGUGGGAAAUGAAAAUUGGCCGCACAAUCCCCAGAGUGACGGUAACAGAAGAUGAUCUUCUAGCAGUAGCUGCAGAAAAUUGCAUACCCCGAAGUAUUGUGGCAUCUUUCACUCAUGACAUAUUCAUCAAAGGUUGUCAAGUUAACUUCAAGAUAGAUGGAGUUGAUGAUGUUGAGAUCAGCAGUUUGUAUCCUGAUGAAGGAUUCAGAAGCUUGGAGGAUUGCUACGAGGAGUUUGCUCGUAUGAUUGACGACAAGAUUCAUAAAGGGGAACAUAAAAUUACGGGCACAAAGCCUGUAGUGGAAGCAGUGCCAAUCACAGCUUCCUGUGGAUAAGAUUCACCUACUCUAAAAUGUUUUAAAUUCGAUGCUAUGAGUAGUUAGAUAUGGAUUUUUUAUGUUCAAGUCAUUUGGAAGACCAAAUUAUCUACUAUAUUAUCCUAUAGUAUGUUCCUC